CAAUGUUAUGAAAGAUUAAAAUAAAGAAGACGGUGAUGCUCUUCAAAAAAAUGUAUACGUCAUUAUGCUGUCAAUGUCAACUUUGAUAAAUGUUAUAUUAAUUUAAAAUUUAGUUUGUUGUAAGAAUACAAUAAAUAUUUAUUCAAAAAUGUUGAAAGUUACCACACGAAUAGAUUUGUUUAUAUUAGCACUAAAUAACAUGAGUCAGUGAUUAAAUAUAACUUAAAAUAAUGGGGAACAGUUCAGUUUAUUGAUUCAACAGGAAAAUUUACGACCAAAUUACUUUUUAACCUGUACAGUAAAAGAAAUGAAUAAAACGAAAAAUCAUGGUACUAAGCACAGAGUGGUCUCAAGUAGAGAUAAUUGAUUUAAUUAACGAUGGCUCUGGUCUUGGAUUUGGAAUCGUCGGAGGAAGAAGUACCGGAGUAGUUAUUAAGUCCAUCUUACCUGGCGGUUUAGCUGAUAAAGAUAGUCGUUUACAAAGUGGGGACCACAUACUUCAGAUAGGUGAUAUUAAUCUAAGAGGACUUACAGCAGAACAGGUGGCUACUGUAUUAAGGCAAGCUGGACAGCAGGUAAGGAUGGUUGUAGCCCGUCCGGUGGAACCGAGUUCAUCUGAUUUUUUAUUAUUCAACUAUUCAGCACCAAUUGUUCCUACAAGGGUAUUAAAUGAUCCAGAAGAAUUAGAUAGACAACUUGUUCAAAAUGGCUUCACCAAUUCGUAUAUACAGUAUAUAGAAGGUUUACAGGUUGUAAAAAGUGAUAAUGCUCAGGGUCAAUUAGAAAACGAUACAAUCCCCUUGAGUCCAAAUAACUUUAAUGAAAAAAGUCUAAGUGUUAAGUCUACCCCUAAUGGUUUAGCUUCAGUGGUUGAUUAUCUCCCAAAACAACGUCCUCUUACACCAGUAACACCAAUUGAACAUAACAGUAUCAAUUCAGAACCAGAAACGGAAAAGAUAACAGUACACUUAGUGAAAGAUGAGUUUGGAUUAGGUAUCACGGUAGCCGGUUACGUGUGUGAAAAGGAAGCACUUUGUGGAAUCUUCAUAAAAAGCCUUAAUGAACAAUCGGAAGCCUUCAAAUGCGGUAAAAUUCAAAUUAACGAUCGAAUAAUUGAAGUUGAUGGUGUUUCUCUAGAAAAUUAUUCAAAUUACGAAGCAGUUAAGAAACUUAAGGAAACUGGUAAUGAGGUUACAAUCACUUUCGAAAGGUAUCUGAGUGGCCCGAAAUAUGAACAAUUACAAGAAGUGAUAGCAGGUACCGAAAGAAAUAAUAAAGAUGUCAGUCCAGCAUCACCAUCUGCGACGACUUUAAGUUGGAUUCCUAUUGAUACUACAGAGGUGAAGAACGAUCCUGACAUUUCAUCACUUGAUAGUGCAAACAGUGUAACAUCAGAUCAAAAUCCAGAAUCCAAAGAAAUAUUUGUCGAUGAAAAUUUCCAAGUAAAUUUGGAAGACGAUCUUGAAUCAGUUAUAAGGCAGAAGUGGCAAGAUAUAAUCGGAGAUGAUGCAGAUAUAGUAGUUGCAAACUUAACCAAACUAAAAGGAUUGGGCAUAAGUUUGGAAGGAACAGUUGAUGUUGAAGGCGGAAUAGAGUUGAGACCACAUCAUUAUAUUAGGUCAAUUUUACCUGAAGGACCUGUAGGACAAAACGGUAAAUUGAGUCCGGGAGAUGAACUUUUAGAAGUAAAUGGUCAAAAAUUGCUUGGCAUACGACACGUAGAAGUAGUAAGGAUAUUGAGGGAUCUUCCAAAUACUGUUAGACUUGUAUGCUCCAGGGAACAUAAAAAUAACAGGGUUAUAAAUACCUCACAAGAUAGGGAGGCCUUCGAAGCUAGAAAUAUUUUAGGAGGCAGUUUAAAAAAUCUUCUGCCGCAACCUGAACAAAAAUUAUUAAAAGCGUUAAGUGAUACUAGCCUUAAUACCUCCAGUACAACUACAACAGUUACAGACAUCGAUGGCCAACAAAAAAUUAAAUCGCGAUCAUUAGAAGUAAUCAACUUAGUGCUGUGGUCAGAAGAAAUAGAAUAUCUACAAUUGAAUAAGACUGAAAGAGGCUUAGGUUUUUCUAUAUUGGAUUACCAAGAUCCACUAGAUCCUAAACGUACAGUUAUUUUAGUCCGAAGUCUAGUUCCUCACGGAGCUGCCGAACAAAAUGGAAAAUUAAAACCAGGAGAUAAACUUAUAAGUGUUAAUGGAGUAUCAAUAGCAACUGCUACGUUAGAUCAAGCGGUACAAGUAUUGAAAGCCGUACCGCAAGGUGUUGUUACUUUAGGAAUUUCCAAACCCUUGCCUAGUAGAAGAAAUAGCGAUACUUUGAGUAAUUUCAGUAUGAAUUCUUAAACACACACAAAAAAAUAAUUUAUUUCGAAUAUUUUUGAACGUUUGUUAACUUACACAAUAAAAUUGUCAUCUCAGUCGUAGAAUGGAAAGUAUACCCCUAUAUCCAUCGACUUUUCCAUCACUCAAAAUAUGUGAAAUUAUCAAAUAUCAUUUUUUUAGAGCUAUGAGCUCCAUAUUAUUUCUCCUCUAUGCAUUUAUUACAGCCUCAAUUCAAUUCAUUGUUUAGUGUUUUUAACAUUUACUCCUCUUCUAAAUGUUACAAAUUUUUUUAAGUGAAAAAAUAAUAGGCCAUCAAAAAUUUUAAGAAAUUCCUAGUAAUUGGGGAAAUUCUAAUAAUGUUGACACAGUGGCACUGCUAUUUUCCAUUUGGCAAUAAACGAUUGUUCCUAUUACUUCCAUCUCUGAUAAAUCGAUUGAUAUUUUGCUUCCUAUGCAGAUUUUUGUCGUGUGUCUUAGAAAAGAACAGAUUGUGUUGACAGUGUUCCGAAAACGUUACCUGUUUACUCAUCUAAAUUGAUCACACAAAGCUGUGAUCAGUUCCGUUAUAUAUUGUUUUGUAAAAAUAGGAGGUAAUUACAUCGAUCACUUAAAGUGGUCCUUCGAAUAUUUUUUGCAACAUUUGUAAAUUUUUCCUGAAGCCAUCUCUUAAUAGGACUGGAAAAGUGUCGACAUUUUCAACUUUUUUCACUCUAUGACUGGAUUACUGACAUUUUUAAUUUAUUUAAAUGUUUUAUAUUUCAUAUAACUUACCGAUGAGGAUUAACUUACCUAAGAGUGCUUAUCUAUAGUAUUAUAUUAUACGUAUGGAAAGGCUUCGCAUUUCGAGGUUAUCUAUUGGGAAUAAAACUUUGUACUACUUAUUCUGUUUUUCUCAUAGUAUCAUUUCGUUCUUUUAUUUUGGUGGAGUUCCUCGUUAUUUUAAUACUACAUCAUCCAGCCAUGGUUUGCGCGGUCGCCCACGCAGUCGCCGGCCCUCGGGCUUGUGUCGGUACGCUUUGUGCACUCCGCGCUUCUCAGGCAUAUGCUCCAAAUGGCCUAGUCAUCUGAGUCUGGCCCUCUUGACUUCUGUCACCAGGCUCUGCUCGUAGCUGUUCAAUACCCGGGUCUCGCUAGCGUACUUAACAACCGGGCGUAGAACCGCUUUUUCUUUCUCCAAUUCAGUAAACGUAACUUUAGCAGUCGUUGGAGACUGGAAUAUGCUCCCCGUUUUCACACGUUCUCUUAUUUACAACUAAUUGUCAUUAUUUUCGGUCACUAGUGAUCCCAGUUAUUUAAACGAUGGUAAAUUUUCAAACUUAUACUUUAACAGCAGAAGUUCUUCUGUUCCUAACCAUGUAUUUCGUUUUGUACUUGUUAAAGGUGAUCUCCGCUUUACAAGAUUCCUCCACUAGCUGCUCAAAUCUUUCCUUCAGUUCACGCUCCCUUCGACUGAGUACAUCAAUGUCAAGAACUGCACUAUUCUGUUGAGCAGACUUCCUCCUCUAGUAACUUCUGAUGACUCGUUCUAGAUUUAGGUUGAACAGUAGUGAAGUACACGAGAGGGCGUCUCCUUUCCUGAAACCUGUUUGGAAUUCUCUUGAGGUCUUUCUCGCUAUCUUCACUUUGCUCUUGGUCAUUUUGAAGACAAAUUCCAGAAAUUAAUAAAGAAAAAUAACCAAAAUCAUAAUGAUUAGUUGAAUACUUUCCUUAUUUUUCUGCAUUUUAGUAUCGUACCAUAUCUUUUCGAUAGUUAACAAAUGAAAUGCCAAGCUUAAGCAACAGUUUAUUUAAAUUAAGUAGAAGAAAAAAAACAAUUUGUAGUUGUUAAAAUUGAAUCUUAUCAUCAUAUUUUACAAUCUAAACUUAUAAACAUGUAUAAAUAUAUUGAUAAACGUUAGUCUUGUGGGAGUGUGGCAAUCAAACACUGUACUAACCCUAAUAUAUUCCGAACUUUCGAAUAAUUUCAGGGAAUUAAUUAAACGAGAAUUUCGGUAGAAUAUAUUUUUCAUAAAAUUUUACGUUUAAAAAAUAACAUUCAAGAUGAAUAUGAGACAUAAAUAUUAAAAAACAACAUAUCAGCAUAUAAUGCAUUAACGUCAUAAAUAGAUUUCAAAAAUUCAAAAUAAAUGCAGAAAAAGAAGAAGGGGACACUUGGGUUAGUUGAUUCUCAUUAAGUCUUACAUAAUUUUUGGGUGAUUUUGAUUGUUCUGCUUUUAUUAUUUAUUAUUGUAACAAGUGAUAACAAAAAUACAUCGUACCUCGGUUCAAAAAAUGCCAUAAGUCAGAAAAAACAAAUUUAAUUAAUGUUUCACAUAAUAACUCCAAAACUGAUAAAGUAACCGCUAUGGUAACUAUUUACACGACAUUAUUUGAGAUUAGAAUGUCAAGAUUUUAGCACCAAUAGUACAAUAAAAGAGAUUUUUCAAUUUUUUGACUUAUAACACUAUUUGUGCAGAUAUCUUCUGACUCCCUUACCUCAUUUUACUUAUUUUUUCAACCAUUUAAAGUACAAUAUACAUUGUAUUGAUAGUACCACGUUUACGUCAGAUCUCAAAUCAUAUUUUACAAAUAAAAGGUGAAACACAGUCAUCUAUAGGUUCGUUCCAACGUUAAACGAACGAUUCUGUUUUGUGGUCCAACCGACUUGGGUAUCGUUUGUGAACCGUUUCCGGGACGGUUUUUUCCAUAAUUGGUUGAUAGAUUAGAAAGUUGGAACAAACCUUUUAUCAACUUGUAUUAUCAUGUCACACUUUACCAGUCUAUUAUUACAGAUCUUUUAAUGAAUAUUUGUCGAAAUGGGUAGAAAAAUAAUUUUUUUUGUAUGAAAUAGAGCAAUUGACAAACAAAAUAAUCUCCAAACCAAAAAUUUUGUGUUUUAAGAAGAUUGUAACAUUUUUAUUGUAUAUCAGAUUCGAAGUGGAUUUUGUCUUAUACAAUGAGAAGGAAAUUGAUAUUUUUCAAAAAAAGUAGAGAUUUAUAUAAUGAAUAAAACGGGGAAAGGAUAUUCGAAAAAAGUCUUGAUAUAUUUUAUUACGUGAUGAGUGUUGUAUUUCGAAGAAACUUCUUCUUAAUAAGAACAAAAAAAAAGUAUUAAUUUACUAUUCUUUAGUGGCGCUGAGGAAAUUGCAAUAAAGCUUAAGCAGAACACAAAAAAAACUUUAGCACUUUAUGUCGAUAACCAAAAAAUUUCCAUUUAUCUUACUGAUAAUUUUUCUAAUGAUUUCCAUUUAUAGAAAAUUAUUAUCUUAUUUAGUGCUACCACCAUACUAAUAUUCACAAUUGAACUGUGUUUCGAUAACCAAGUUAUCGUCUUCAAAGACCAAAGAUAACCUCAGUGUUGGUGUACUGGUAGUAGUAAACCGUGUGUUUAAUACUAAUAUCAUCAACUUUCCAGAAAUUUCCAAUAGUUUAUUAAGUAAAAAUGAGCAACAGGAUUCCUCAUAAUGAGAAAUAGACUCUGAACAAAUUUUGUUUGUGUCCUGGUGACGUAUUAUAUAAAUCGAUGACUAUAUUUCAGCGGUAGUAUUAUGAACUAAUCGUUAAAAAAAUACAAAAGAAAUUUAGAAAAACUAAACCAGAAUAUAUUUUUAAAUGCACGAAACAAUCUUUCGACAUUCAUUGUAAAUUAAAAAAUUAGGAGUAAUUAAGGGUAUACAAUCAUGUUAAGUUUUAGUUUCGGUCAAUAUAGAUAUUUAAAAUAACAAAAAUUCCCGGAAAGCCAAAUAUUAGUAGAGAACUGGGAUUUACCAUCACAAAUAAAGUUUUAAAAAUUCCCAUCGAUUCUUUUUCUGCUACAAAAGUUAUUCGGGGUCAAUGUCAAAAUUUGAGGUUUCUUGGUUACAUCUAAAAAUUCUAUACAAAACUGGUCAUCAUUCUUUUUUUCUUAAAGUUACCUUUCCUGAGAUAUCGCGAUUCUAAGAGUCACAUUAUAUAUUAUAUGCACACCGUGGUUUCCCCUGUAGGCAUACUCCACCAACUGUUAUGACAAUUUUAAGAGAACAAUACCCGUAAUGUUCUAGAUAUUACUUUAUUAUUUAUAUUGCUAUUGAUUAUUGAGUUAACUAUCGUUUUGUUUUCAUUAUAUAAUUUAAUCAGAUCCAUACUCUUGAAAGUCUACUUCAACAGUCAUGUCUUCUUCGACUUCUUCUUGUUCCUCUUGCUAGAUGUUCAUAAAUUGUUCAAAUGUGGCUGUAUCAUUGGUCUCUUCAUUAAAAUCACAGGAAUCUUCCUCUAUUCUACUCAACUGGACAUUUGACCAAGACUGAACUUUGCAGUCGAUACACUCUUGAGAACACAGCAACUCGACUUUUUUACAGCCACAUUUGGGCACUACAAACUUUUAUAUAAUUGUAGAAAAUAGUGUUGAGGAGUUUUUUUGAAGCUUUUUUGAUCGGUUCCAGAGUAUUAUCUAUCAAUUUCCAAACUCAGUCCACUGCCUAGCCAUGUUUGAACUUGAUAGUAUACUCGAUACAAGUGUUGAAUAGCAGAUGCCGAUGUUGGAGGAAGACAUGACAGUUGUUUUUUACAUUUGUUGAAUAUCGUUAUUCAAUCAAUGCAAGUAAUUUUCUUCCGUAUUUAUUGUUUAAGGUGUGGAAUCAAUUUCUGUACAUACUUCAGCGCAGGGCCGGAUUUAGCAGCACCGGGCUCCAUCAUUUGAAAACAUUCUCAAUUUUUUUAUGUGUAGAUACUCAAAUCUAACGUAGUGAUUAUUUUUUCAAUUUUUCCGGGUUUCUGAAUUCCUUAAGGGGGCCCCGUCAUUAUUUUAGCCCCGGACCUUAUAAAUCAUAAUCCGGUCCUGCUUUAGCGCAGUCAUUCAAUUUUUUUUUACGAAUAAUUUAAAUAACUGACGUUUUGCCCCUUCUGUACAUUACUGACGACCUGAGACAUUUUUGUACCUAAAAAAAAACAGCUCGAUUAACCUAAAUGGUAGGCGCUUGUAAUAAGUACGUAUAUCCACUUGAACUGAACCUUUAGCACUGAAAAACAGUUAUAAGAACGAGACCUACGAUAAUAGAAUGGUCAGAUGUUUUUCAAGGCCAUGUGAGUGGGAAGGGAUUCAGUUAAAGACUGACUAUCUUUUAAAUAAAUGUUUUCAGAAUAGUAUAAUUUAUAAAUAGGUAUUUAUACUUGUCUUAUGUGAGAUAUGUAUAUACGUAGAUUAAAUAUGCAUAUCAUGUAUAAUGUGACUCUUAAAAUCACGUUAUGUAAGGAAUGGUAACUUAGGAAAAAAAAUCAUAAGUCAUUUUUUUAGAGAAUUUCAAGGUCUAUAACUUUGGUUUGAGAUUUUUUUUGAUAAAACUUAACGUUUUCGAGAAAAAUCCAUAACCUAACCUCAAAUUUUGACCUUUGACCCCGAAUAACUUUUGUAGCACACAUAGGAUCGAUGGGGAUUUUUAAAACUUUAUUUGUAAUGGUGAAUCCCUUCACCAAUAUUUCACUUUCCGGGUAUUUUUGAUAUUUGUCCGCUAUCUUUAUGUAUAAAUUGAGCGGACUAAAUACUAAACGCACUAUCUUUUAAAGUAAACUAACUAUAUACUUGAUCUAAUAAAGUUAGGCAGAUAGUAGCAAUGAACACGUCAUAAUAAAUAAUGUAUUUCACAAAUAUAGGGGAAGCCCGGGCAAGACGAAUAUGUUAAGGGAAAGGAUUAAAAAAACUAAACUUGGACAACGUCCACAUAAAUUUUUUAUUACAAAUAAAAAAUGCCUAUUAUCCGUCGACAGAGUACCAGUUAUAUUAAAUGAGGCAUUAUUUAUAGGUUGGUCAGUCAUGAUUGAAGGAACAAAAUCUCCAAAUACAUUUAGAUUAUAAGGUCUAAUUCCUGGUUCAAUAAAUCCAUUUGUUGCGUUCUGGACCGAAGCACUUUUGAUAUAAGCUGAAGCCAAAUAGUUUUGCUGAUUCACAAUUCUUCCUAUGUGACUUUUUUGAAACUUGGUGCGCGAUAUUUCUUUUGUUGUAUAUUGAUACACUCUAAAUGAGUUGGACCAAAAAACUGACUGUAUUAAUUAUUUCAAGUGUACACACCGCUCUUUUUCUUGCUCUGUUGUAAAUCUACCGAGUUUUUUUGACUUUAUACGUCGAUGCAAAGGUGUAAAUGGAAUUUCAAAUUCAGUAGCGGUAGAUUUAAUAGACUUUCUUCUUUAAUAGCUUUUAUUGCUUUUUUAAGUGAUUCUUCUGACCAAACUCCUCGACCACUUUUGCAUUUGUAUUUAAACACCGUAAAAAAACAAAUCAUAUUGUAUUUAAUUUAAUGCUAAUUAAUAAUGACAUCAAUUCCUCACUACUAUACCUAUAUUCUAAUUGACUUGAUUAAAUGUCUAAAAAAAUAUUGAACAAAGUAUAUCCUUCUUGCCCAAAUCACUCAUAUUUAAAAAUUGAAAUAGCUUACUAUAAAAUUUCUACCAAAGAAUGAAAAAUUAAAAACGCAAAUUAAAAAAACACUCAAUUGAAAGAGUCUAUUCGUUAACAUUUAAUACAUAAUGCAAAAAUCAACAACACACGCUUCUAUUGUUUUCGUUGAACCGAGUUGUUCUUCUUAGGGUAGGUAUUAUAAAAGUUUUGUUCGACUGGACGUUAUUCAAACGCCCGUCGAAACUCCACCGUUGGCCAACCGUAGCUUUGUGCUGAACAAUUUGCUUUGGCUGCACUUGAAGUUCAAUUUUAACCAAUCAAUUCUGAGUGAACUGACAUUUGACGUGAAAAGUGUGUCAGUCAAAUGUCAAAGUAUAGUUUGUUUAAAGUGUCCACGUGUAGUUUCAAUAUUAUAUAAAUUUAAAAAGAUGAAUUGCAAAGGAAAAAGAGUUAUCAGUGUAUCAGAUGAAUUACUAUUAUCUUUCAAAAGUAGCCUAUUUCAUAAAAUUUUGAGAAACAUCGUACAACUGAUUCAAUUAAUUUAAAAUAAUAUAUGUAAAGCCAAAGUAAAUAAAAAUUGAGGUUAGAAAGUACCUUUCAACUCUCGGUUGACACUUCAAACUGAACUUUCGUUGCGGUUGGACCAACCGACAAUCAACCAGCCGCUUGAUCCCUGGCUAACGUUUAUAAUACGUAAAUUCGGCUUCAACCAACAGUUGAAUCUCAACCUUCGGUCAAGCGUAUUUUAUAAUACCGAUCUUUACCCACACUAUGCAUCUAGCACGGGUUUCCCCUAAGUUCACAAUUCUAAAGAAUUUGGACUGUUUUCACGAAUAAAUUAUAUCUGAAGUUUAAUAUUGUGUAUUGUACCACUUUCAUUGAACACUAUGCUUCCAAAAUCAAUAUCAAACAUUGCAACACAUAUCUAUAUCUUCCAAUAUAUUCAAAGUCAUGAGAUUUGAUUUCAUUCAUUUAGUUAUAUUUUACUGUGUUUUUUUUUAGUAAUAACUAUUAAUAAAUGAGAAAACUAAAAUGAUUUUGUGAUGGAUUAUGUUGAAUGUUAUAUUUUUAAAAUGUAUUUUAUGAAAUUAUGUUUCCGUGUUAUAUUUAUGAUAAUAGUUCUAUCACACAAAAUGUGAUUAUAUUUAUACAAAGUAAUUCCAUGUGUAUAAAAAUAUCCUCACAAUAAAAUAGGAAUUGAUUUUAACGUAAAAUAGUGAUCACGAUUUUUUGUGCCAUAUUUUAUUUUUAAUUUUGUAACAAAGACUGAGUUUGUUCAAAUUAUCAACCCUUACCUUAUUUUGAUGCGUAAACGGUAACUAUUUUUCAUUGUUUCAAAUGGGUACAUAAUCAAAUAUUUAGUCAACCGUAGAAGCCUUCGACUGCUCUCUCUGAUCUAUCGGUAUCGUUUUAUUAGCUGAAUUUACCGAAUAUGCAGAUUGGAUACCUAUUUCCAUAUUCUAUAUGAAUUUGAAUAAAAUGUUUACUACUGCUUUGACCAUGUCCUCCACCAGCGAAGAUGAAGUUAUAAAGAUGUUUGUUUAUUUGCGAUUGAGAAGAAGAAAACGAAAACACGGUCAGAGUCAAAUGAUUGAUCAGCUUCUCCAACAAGGUCUGGGUCGGUUUUUCACAGGAACCAGAUACUUGUAAACACGAAACUUAUUCAGUCAUAUAAUGAUCAUCUAUAAUCUGGUCUUUCUCAACUUCCCAAAUAAAUAUUAUCUUCCUCGUUUAAGGUUCCUAAAAUAUCAUCUUCGUAUAAUCUUUUAGAUCGUGACAUGUUUCUACCUGAAAUAACGCCGCAAAUAGAUAUAAAAUAUAUGAAAAACAAACGAAAGUAACAUCACAAUAAAUUUGAAAUUGUUCUUUGUCUUGGUCUAGUUUUGUAUUAUUCUUCAUAUAUAUUUCCUUAAAGCAUUUCUUUAAGGUCUAACAACAGCCAGUAGUUGAUUGGAACUAGAUCUGGAGCAAAUGGUAUGUGGGGAAGCUACUCAAAUUUCAAUUAAUUGGAUUUAUAUUUUUUUGUGUGACACUUUUUCUUUAAUAUGUAUAUAGGACUGUUUCUUUGGAAUUUACAUCUUCAAUUGUUAAUUGUUUCACCUUUUCCAAACAGUCCGUGAACAAUUUUGUUUGUAUUGUUUAAAACCACUCAUUAAAAAGUUCUAACAAAGAGACUUUGAGGAAAGAGCAGUAAAGUUUAUAGCUGUUUUCCAGAAGAUGUUUGGACAAGAGAACA